AUGACAGCGACAUGUCAACACAUGUGUCCACCAUCCGAAGUCUCUUUUCGGAACGAAAAUCGGUUGAUUCAUCAACUGGAGGCGACAACUUCAACCGCCUCAGGAAAACGUUCGAAUUUCGUCGGUGACCCGGCGAAAAUGGUUAAGGAGUACACGAGAUCCGCAGCCGACACGAACCAUUCUAAAUCCUCGCUUCUUCGACCUUUUUCUGUUUUAAAACGGACCAUAGAGUAUCUGACCAAACUCUAUGAUGACUUGGAAUCGACGGAAACGUUCCCGAGCGCCUUCUCUUUCGUUUCGGAUCGUCUCCGAGCUGUUCGGCAGGACAUGGUCAUGCAGCGGAUGCCGGCCGGGGAGUCGGUCGAACUCCUCCAGCUCAUGAUUCCCUUCUACCUGACCUCGGACUACCGGUGCAAGACGAGCCGAUGUGUGACCUACGAGUGGAAGUUGCACGCGACGCAAAUCGAGGAGUGUUUGUGUAGGUUGGUUUUUAUUUAUUUAUUUUAAUUUGCAAUUGUUAAAAAGCACAGGAGCCUGAAGAAGGAAAACAUUGAUGAAAAAAAUUGUUUUUAUAUUGAAAUAAUUUUAUAAAAAAAUUCAUUAUUUUUUUACUUCGAAAGUUUCAUUCAUUUAUUCGAAGUUCCAGUACUCAGAGAGAGAAGAGGUAAUUUUUUUAUUCCAACUUCUGUCCUUUUUCAGAAACUUCAAUUCAAAUAAAAAAAUUAAUUAUGAGUUUUUUUUUAAAAUUCCAAAGACUCUGGAAAAGUUCUUUCUUUUUUUUUAGUUUGUAAAUAGUUUUUUUGAUGGGUUCUGCUCGUGAAAGUGAUUAGAUUUUUAGAAUGUAUUUAAUCGCGGAAAUGUUUAUAUAUAUAUAUAUAUCAUAUGUUCUCGUUUUCUGAAAACUGUGAGAAAAAAUUCUGUCUUUAUAUUCUUUUUUUCGCAAUGACUAUAUUAUGAAUUUCUAUGAUUUUUGAAUAUUAUUUUUUUUCUAGUAAAAGUAGAAACUAAAUUUUUUUUUUUCAAGUUUUCUGCCCUUUCAGAUGGGCAGAACAAGUUCGACAACUUCCUCGAGAAUCUCCCAUAAUCGACGAAAACGUCUUGAUGUGCUUCAUAUUGCGACAAGCUCAAAAAUCAACAGCCAUUCAGGAAUUGUACGACUGGAAAUAUUUUCUGUCCGAUUCUUCGUUUUCCCUCCUCAGAUCUUUAAUAUUUUCAGCACGAUCUUUGAAUUUUGUCGCCUUUUUCCGCUUAUUACCAUUGUUACCAGAGAACUUUGUCACUUAUUGUUGUGUAGAUACAGUUUUAGAAUUAAGAAAAGAGGCCUUGAAAGUCAUUUCGAUCGGUUUCAAGCACCCCACUGCAAAAUUGCCACUUUCCAUGUUAUCCCAAUGGCUGGGGCUUGAUCCAGAGCAAGUUUCUCAUUUUUUGUCCUUUUAUGGUUGUGAUUCUUCUUCGGGUUCUGUUCAGAUUACCACUAUCGGUGCUUGUGAUGAGGAAAAGGACGGGUUCACGUUCGUUGGGUCGAAAAUAUUGUGAUAAUUUUAACUGAUACUAAUAAGAAUUUCGGGUACAUCUUAUUAAUAACAGUUCAGAAGAGAUUAGAUAUCGAGGCAAAGCGCCUUUUAAAAACCUUUUAUGGUGAAUUUAGUAUAAUUAUAUAAUUAAUUCUUAAUUUAUAGUAUAACUAUAUAUAAUUUAUUUCAAUUUAUAGUAUAACUAUAAGUAAUAUUAAGUAUUCAAAUUUGUUUUUUUGUUGUUGCUCAAUUUGGAAAGAAUAAAUAUUGCACUUUAUAUUUUCCCUCUUUUUUCAAGUUGAGAGGUUUUUUGAACCCUUAGUGGAUAUAUUUCUUGAAAUCAGAAGAUAUUAACUGAAUUUUAAGAGGUUUAUCAGAAUAUGGACGACGUUUUGCUAAUCUCGGACCUUGUUUGGAUCCGAAAAGGCGUCGCCAAAGAAAAGCCGGACAAAGGUGAAGUUGGACGAGGCCGACCUCAAAAAGCUUAUUGAAGGUGGGAAUUUUUCUGAAGUAUUGGUUUCAAAGUGAAAUAUUCUAGGAGGAGACCAGGAAACGUCGGACCAAGAUAGUGAUGAUGAGAAACAAGAAGGAGACGAAGGCGAGGAAAAGGCCCGAAGGUGGGAAAAAUGCGCUUUAUUUGGAAUUUUUGACCAUUUUCAGGUUCAUGACAUUUUUUUAAAAGAGAAACUGAGUAAAUUUCAUCAAGAAAUGUUUUUUUUUGUAAAAUAUUCGUGAAAUCUACAGUUUGCAACUUUCUUGCUUUAAAACUGUAAAUAUCGAUGGAUAUUCUAUUAUAUUCAUGGAAAAAAACAAUUUUCGUAAUUAGGUGGGCUCAGGAUAAUGAAUAAGUUCAUCGAAAAAUGUUCUUGCAAAGUUUCAAAAAAAUAUCAACCGUUUUCUCAGUCCAAAAUAAUUUACCUUUCUAUUUGUAUUCACUACUGGUUUCACUUAUUUUCGAUUUCGAAGAAGCUUGGAAAAAAAUUUUUUUCUUUUUUGUUCACUUUUUGUUUGGCAAAAGUGAAGAAGAGAAUAUCCACUGAAGUAAUUGUUAAAAAAAUACGAUUUUUAUAAUACUAUUUUUGUUGAUAAAAUGCAUUUCUUUUCAGAAAAAGGGCCUUCGUGGUGCUGGAGCCGAAGUCGAAGACGAGAAAAUGGAAGAAGGCGGCGACACGGACGAACAGUAUCUGAAGGAAUACGACGAUGACCACAAGGAGGACAAUGAGAGAGGGUUGGAAACUUUAACUUCAAUACAGAUUGUCAUGAGAAUAACUUUUAUACAAACUUAUUUUUGGCAGCCGGUAGUGUUAUGGUAGUUUAGAAAGGUUUUCAUAGAAAUUUUUCCACUUUUGAGACGAAAAUCAGCUUGUUACAUCGAAAGAUGGAUCCUACACAAGUUGCAGAAAAAAGGAAAAGUUUCUUGAUUUCGGGACGGACAGCGGAUUUUUCAAUAAAUUCGUGUAUUUUCUCAAUAAAUUAUAGCGCGUUUAAAGGAAUUUCGCGAAAUUCAAAAUUAUCUCUGCUUCUCCAAAAUCUUCGCUGUCUUUUCGACUGGGAUUACGGUGGACGCGGCAUUAAAUUUAUCUUUUCAUUUGCAUUGUUUUGUGUGAAAUUCCUUGCAACAUGGCCAAAAUACUUCUUGAUGAACCAGAAAAGAUCCCAAAAGGAUAAACUCACACAAAUUCGAGGUUUUCGAGAGAACAAAGUCGAAAAAUCAAAGAAAUAAUUUUCGAGGUGUUUUUAUAUUUUUCGAGAAACAGGUUUUUCGUAGACUUCAAGCCUUGUUUUUUUUUUCUCGAAAAAUAGUAAGAUUUACAGGUUGAGACUUUCAGGAUAAUGAAUAAGUUCAUCGAAAAGUGUUCUUGCAAAGUUUCAAAAAAAUAUCAACCGUUUUCUCAGUCCUAUCAAUGAUCCGAAUAAGUGAAAAAAACUUGUUUUCAAUUUUUUUUUUUUGUCUAGAAAACUCAUUCUAAUCCACUUUACCGGCGAAUUCCAGAAGGAACUAGAAAGAACUUCUGUAAAAGGUCUCUAAAAAGCAUCAUGGGCGCCUUUUUAGAAGAAAAAAAGAAGGAGUCUCGAAAAAGAGGGGAAAAAAAGUAGAGAAAAGCUUUUUACACCGUUUUGGAAAUUCAAAAAAGAGCUCUAGACUCUCAUUUUGAGGCCCUUUCUGCACGGAUAAAGUCCAAAAGGUCUCAAAAAGAACUUUUGAGAAAAAGGCCUCAAACACACAUUUUUCUGAAAAGAACUUUUCAAGGAGAAAAAAAGAAUCAGGCGGAAAAAAGAGAGGAAAGAAGUACGAUUCAGAUAAAAUUUUGUCACUUCUUUAGGGACCCAGAAAGGAGCUUUGGCGCUUCUUUUUGAGGCCCUUUGAAAAUUGCCCGUUAUAAUUAUUUUGUCUGUGUUUCUCAUUUACUUUCGGCUUCUCAUUCAGAAUGCGCGGAAUCGCAAUGUACACUUCGAACCAACAGGAUCCGUACGUGACGGAGCACGUUGAUUCGGAUGAGGAAGAAGAAGCUGACGAAAUCCACGUCAGACCCGAUGAUAACAUGGUCGCCGUCGCCAAAAUUCAUAGGGUGAAAAAAUUAUUCUUUACACUCUCGACCAGAAAUUUAAGACUCUGAUUCAAAAAUUCUCGUGGUUUUUUUUUUCUCAGGUUUUUUUUUAUUGAAUGCAUCACGAAGAUAUUUGAAAUUAAAGAAAGAAAAUAAUAUUUACGCAAACCUCUAAUGCAAGUUUUGACCUUACUAUUAAUAAGAUCUUUUUUUUUUGCCCGCCAAAAGUCGAUAUUUGAAUUUGUGUGGCGGGAAGACUGUUGACGCACAGGCAGCUCUUAUAAUUUUUUUCAUCCUCGCUUGUUUUUCAGUCUUUUUGUUUGAAGGUUUGAAAAUUAUUUUCAGCUUCUGAUAACGUCAUUCUGAAAGUUUUUUUCCCCGAAUAAUGAUAAUUUCAUUCAUCUUCUGAAUAAAAGAAGGAUUCAGGAUGAGUACACGCUGGAGGUCUACGUCUACAACGAGAAGGACGGCGAUUGGUACUGCCAUCACGACCAUAUUCUCGACGCCCCGCCUCUAUGCCUAGAACACAUCGAGCACGACCCUGGAAAUGAUGAAACUGGAAAGGUUUGUCGCAAACGUCCUGGAAGCCGUUCGAAUAUAUUAGAUUUGAGAAAAUUUGAAUUUUGAAAAAUAAAUAAGAGCAAAAUUGUGGUAUUCUUCAAAGGUUUCGUGAAAAAUUCGUCUCGAAAUUUUUGUGUUAAUUUUAGAAAAUCAGGUUGAAAGUUAGCAAUGAAAUAUUAAGAAACGAAUUCGCUUUUCUCUAAGAAAAACGUGAUCAAUUUAGAGUUUAAGUUAAAAAAAAUUAGAUGAAAUAAGGAAAAAAAAAAUCAAUAGUUCUAAUCUACAGGGAAACCUCGUCGCAGUGGGAACGAUGAAGUCGGAAAUCCAUAUUUGGGACCUCGACAUUAUGAAUUCCGUCACUCCAGUGGUCACUUUGGGCAAAGGGGCCGCGAGUAAAUGUUCGUAGGGUUUGGUCAAAAAAAGGAACUAAGGAAAUUAAACCAAUUUUUUUCUGGAACUAGAAAAUAAAAAAAUUUUUAAAAAAGCACAUUAAAUUUAAGAAUUUUCUUGAAUAAUUUUUUUUAGAAUUUUUUUUGAAUAAUUAGAAUAGGUAUAAUACCCGAAAAACUCUGAAUUUGACAUGAAUUAUAUAAAUAUUUGUAAAGUUAUUUUGAAAGAAAGAAAAUUAUAGUCAAAAAAACUCAAAAUUUAAAGGAGAAAGAGAAAAAUUUCAGCAGUAAUGCCUUAAGUAAUGGGAAAAGUAUUUCAAAGAAUAUCAAUGACGUCAUUUAAGAAAUUCAACUGUAAGAAGCGUGGAUCCGAUAAUUCCUCUUUUUUUUUAGAGCUGCACACAAUUAUUUUAUCUUAUUUUUCGGCAGUUUUUUCAUUUUCAGCCAGCCGAAAGAAGCGCGAUUGCAGUGCACAGGGUCAUUCGGACGCCGUGAUUUCGUUGUCCUGGAAUCGGCUGACUUCUCAUGUUUUAGCUAGUGGAGGUGAUUUUUGAGUGAAAGAUUGGAAAAGUUCACAAAAUAAGGUCAUUCACGGCUAGCUGUAAAAAGGUCUUGACACGAUUUUUGAAAAAUAGACAGUGCCUGGUUGGUGGAGAGCGCAGACACACAAGCUAGCCGUGAAUACGGAUUUUUUGGACAGCUUUUUUUCAAAGCCAAAAACUUCUUUUGCUCCAUUUCGAAAAUCAAAUUCGAAGUUGGAAAGUUGAAAAUUUCGUAACUUCCUCUGAAAAUUAUUGAAUAUAGAAAAAAAUGCACGAGUCAGUAAAUUUUCCCGUCCAUUCUCUUCGUUACGAGACCUCUACGGACGAUUAUUCUGACAUUUGUGCUAAAUGGAAGAUUUUUCACCUUACAUGGGCCAUGCGACUUGUUGAAUGUACAGCCGUUGUGGUAGUUUAAUGGUGGGACAAUUGAUAAUUUAUUAAAAAGUUUUUUUGAGUCUUUAUAAAAAGAUUGAAUUUAGGAAGGAGUUUAGGAGCCGACCAACAAGUCGUUCUCUGGGAUUUGGACGAGGCAAAGGCGGCGCAGAUUUUCGGGGCCCGUGGUGGCGAGGUGAUCGGCUUUUUUAAGAAUCUAUUUUAGAAUUUCGAUACAAAAAGAGUUUCCAAAAAAAUCACUAGGUUUUUUUAAGAAAAUCAGGUUUCUAAAAUCUCUGACUUAACCCUUUCAAAAAUUCACCCCGAAAAAAAUUGCAAAAAUUUUUGAAAUCUAUGUGAAAAAAAGCUUACGAAGCAUUUUUCAUUAAAAAAAUAUUUUUUUCAAGGAUUUUUUUCCCACUCUGUAAAAUAAAUCAAAAAUAUUUGAUUUCAAAAAAAGUGUUAAAAAAAUAUUUCAAUCAUAAAUCGGUUUUUUUUAUCAGAAGAAAAUUAUUUACAGUGAAUUUCUUGACAACUUAUGAACUUUUUUUAAAUUAUUUUUUUCUCCUGUUCUAAUUAUACUCUGAUUUUUUUCACCUCAAAGUUUGAAAUUCAUGAGAAAAACGUUUGAAAAAAAUCAUUAAAAAUCAGUUUAUUUUUGGAAUAUUAGACAGUAACCAACCUUUUUCAAAGCAAAACCCAUUUUUGGUUCUUUUUUUCGUGACAGUAAAUUUUAUAACUUGAGGCUUAAGCUCUGAAAUUGAUAAAAAAAAAUGCACAAGUCAGUGAAUUUUCCGUCCAUUCUCUUCACUACGAGACAUCUACGGACGAUUAUUUUGACGUUUGUGCUAAAUUGAAGAUUUUUCACCUUACAUGGGCCAUGCGACUCGUUGAAUGUACAGCCGUUGUGGUAGUUUAAUGGUGGAACAAUUGAAAAACUUUCAAAAAAAAAAGCCUCAAAUCGAUGAGAAAAUAUUUAAAGAAGGUUUAAGGUCCAAUCAAUCAGUUGGCACCCGAAUGAGUCGACAUUCCUGCUUCUGGGAACGAUGAAAGGGCUUGUUCAGGUACAUUUUUUCAGCUCGGGAGAGACUUGGAAAGCAAAAUUAUGGCACAAGGGAUGGCUCGGAGCGUUGCGGUCGCAUCGCGGUUUAGAAAAAUCACGUUUUUUCUGUGUUCAAAAUUUGCUUAUAUUUGAAUAAUGGCAACGUUUUUAAGUGUCAGUUUAAAUCGACCGCAACGCGUUGAGAGCCAUUCUACGUGCGACCAUGAAACCUUUUUUUGUGACCGUAUGAAUAAAAAAAGAUUUUUUUGGGUUUUUUUCUCAAUCAUGAAAAGUUAUUUUUAAGGUUCUCGAUUGCCGAGAAACCAAUGGAACGCCGUCUGCCGAAUGGAAGUUUGGGGGACAGGUUGAAAAGGUAAUCAUUUUUAGGUGCUUGCUAAGGAAUUUUGGUUUGACUGUGUAUCAAAACUAAAUUGACUGCACAUCAACUUUUCGUUUUUAUUAACUCAAUUUUUCAAAAAGUUAUAGAAAUUUACAGGAGGAUUUUUGGAAAAUAAUCGUUUCCAGUUAAUUUCCAAGCUUUGAAAGGAAAUUCUCUUCAUUUCCUGCUGUUUGAUAUUUUAAAGAAAAAAAACCUGAAAUUUACAGGUCAUUUGGAACCAUUUCAACCCAUUUACGGCCUUCGUGACCACGGAUGAUGGUUAGUUUAAGGUGAAAAUUCCUUGAAAAUUCGUCUUUUCAGGCCAUUUGCGCUACCUGGACAUGAGGAAGCCAGGCGAGGCGAUUUUCGACGCGACGGCUCAUGAAGGCGCGAUUGGUGGAAUUUCGUUGUCUGCGAAGACGCGAGGACUUUUGGCGACUGCUGGCGAGGAUCAGGUAUGAAAAAAAAAAAUGAUUUCACUAUAGUGAUCACUUGCUCUAUAAGUCUAUAAUUAUACUUUAAAGAUGUUAUAAUUUUGAGAAGAAUGAAGGAAUAAUAUGAAAAAAACUGGAGUAAAGUAAAAAAAGCAAAGACUUUUUAGAGAAUUGUUAUAAUUUUUUUAUAAAAAAAUUUGUCUGACCUGUCUCCCCUCUCUUUUCCCUCACAGGCGUGGUCAGAGAAAUGGGAAAACAGCACGUCAUUAUGUGAGAGUUUAUGAGAAUAUAGAGCGAUAGAGCCGCAGAGAAGUUAGAGUUUUUUAGUUUGUGGCUUCAGGAAACACUUCUGAAUAUUCUUUCAAACAAUUGGUUUGUAAAGUGAGAGAGAGAUAUAGCUGUUUCAUGGCUAGCUUAGGACGUUCUUGCAUUAUCGUGUCAGGACCCGUUUUAAGAUGGUUCAAGUCAGCCGUGAAUGAACUGUACAAAAAGGGUAACAAUUUUUGAACCAAGAAGUGCUGAACCUUUCUUGAAAUGUUCGACCUUUAAAAGGAGUUAAUUGUAGUCGCCUUUAUCAAUACUCAUGUCGCUUUUUAUAUAUUUUCUCGCCACCCCAAGAAAAAAGGGCUUUUUCCAAUAGUCUUCGACUUGAGAUGCUGAACGUGUGGAAAGCCGACGAGACCUCGCUGACGAAAGUCCACUCGGAGAAGCUGAGCAUCGGUCCCCUGCACUGUCUUCAGUUCAACCCAGACGUCGCGACGGUCGUCUCCGUCGGCGGCAGCGCCAGCGACCUCAUCCGCGUCAUGGACCUCAGCAAAUACGAACCCGUUGUCUCGGCCUUCUCGCAGUGA